CACGACUCUGCCCCCAGACGCCUUACCAAAUCCGUUCCUUUGCUCAGCGAAGCAUCUUCUGAGCCGCCCCUUUCUCUUGGUCCACCAAUCGCGUGUCUUGGUCCCGCCCUCUUCGUCUCCGGGCCCUCUGACACCACCAAUCCAUGUCUUUUGUCCCGCCCCCUGCCUGCCGAGUCCGCCAAUCCCUCCCUUCGGGAAGCGUGGCCUGGUAUACCGCUGCCCUAGUGGCUCGCGCCGGUGGGGAGUGGAGGCGGAAGUGGCGGCGCCGGGCCCGGGGAGUAGGAAGGAGCCGGGACUGCAGCCGGAGUGGAGCGGCUGCCAGCGAGGAGCAGGCGCGGCCGCGGCGCCAUAUUGCGACCCUAAGCGGCCGUGACCGAGUCAUGGCCGAGACCUACGACUUCCUCUUCAAAUUCCUGGUGAUCGGCAGUGCAGGAACUGGCAAGUCAUGUCUCCUUCAUCAGUUCAUCGAGAAUAAGUUCAAGCAGGACUCCAACCACACGAUCGGCGUGGAGUUUGGAUCCCGGGUGGUCAACGUGGGCGGGAAGACAGUGAAGCUACAGAUCUGGGACACAGCCGGCCAGGAGCGGUUUCGGUCGGUGACACGGAGCUAUUACCGAGGGGCAGCCGGAGCCCUGCUGGUGUACGACAUCACCAGCCGGGAGACAUACAACUCGCUGGCCGCCUGGCUGACGGACGCCCGCACGCUGGCCAGCCCCAACAUCGUGGUCAUCCUCUGUGGCAACAAGAAGGACCUGGACCCUGAGCGCGAGGUCACUUUCCUGGAGGCCUCCCGCUUUGCGCAGGAGAACGAGCUGAUGUUUCUGGAGACCAGUGCUCUCACGGGUGAGAACGUGGAGGAAGCCUUCCUGAAGUGUGCCCGCACCAUCCUGAACAAGAUCGACUCAGGUGAGCUAGACCCCGAGAGGAUGGGCUCGGGGAUUCAGUACGGUGAUGCUUCCCUUCGCCAACUGCGGCAGCCUCGGAGUGCCCAGGCUGUGGCCCCUCAGCCCUGUGGCUGCUGAGACCGGCGGAGCCAGCUCACCGGUUCUCCAGGACCAGCCCUGCCCUUCCGGCUGGGACCCAGGCCCAGGCCCCGGGAGGCUGUGCCCCCCACCUGCCCUGGCCCCGGAGAAGCUGCCCCACCACCUGUCCCUCUUCCCUGGCCUGGUGGGGCCUGGAUGCAGGGCAAGACUGAGCCACGGGGGAAGGGGGAACCCGUACCUGCUGCUGCUUCCUCUGUCUUGGCUAACCCCUGUUCCCCCUGAAUUCCUAUCUGUACCCCAGGAGUUCCCCAGACUCCCAAAGCCUGAGAUCAGGGCCUUUGGGCCCCAACUCCCCGCCUGGCCCUGCCAUUGCGAGUACGUAUUAUUUAUUACCUGGAGGCCUGUCCGUCCUCACCCCACUCCCAUAAAGCAUUGUUUACA